AAUUGAAGAGCGAAAUUACUCGAAAAUAUUGUCAUCUCCAAUGACAACAAAUACCGUUUUGAACGCAAAACCGUCCCCAAAUUCGCUUGAAUGACCAAGGGUUGCUUUGCGUUUCCAGCAAUCGGGGGAAACCCGCUCCCCAAACCAACGUACAUGAUGUCUAGCAAUAGCGCAUAGAGCCACCGUCUACAAAACAAGAAAACAUUCCAGUUGAUUACCUCAUUCACCCGUAUGUGGUGGUCGUUUACAGAGUACCUGUUCACAACGCAGGAAGUGAGGAUAUCGUGCAUUGGCCAGACUUGGCCUGAAUGAUUAGUACUGAUAUUUCGUCCACAAUUUAAAGUGCUUCAAAAGAACUCCUUGGCGAAUGAAGUUAUGGCAGGGCAUCAUCAACAAGGGGAGGAAAAUUUAGCCCUAGACAUUUCGGAUGAAGGCCGAUGUACCAAGGCUGAGACUCUAAGUCUAAAGGACACUAAGCUCGACAUCACCAAUGAGGAUUUCGAAGACCUCCAAUUUGAAACUAACGUGGUGACGGAGAAGAUUGAGGCCUUUAACAAAGCCCUGGCGGAUUUUGUUGAAGAUCAUCAAGUGACUUUACGACAGUGCUGUUACGUGAUCGGGUUCAUUUUGUACAAUGUGUUCUUCUUUGGUGCCAUUUAUCAUUUCACGGUGGCCAGUAAGCCGGAGCUCCAAUGGUGUGACGGUCUCGGUUUCCUCAUCAUUAUCACCAUUUUCGUGUACACCAUACUAUUCUACUUCAAAGUUCUCAAGCCGUCCUAUUCCAAGUUCUUGGAGUCGAAAUUGGGCGUCAAGUUUCAAGAUGGGAUUGUGGAUCGAAUCCAGAUAUCACAGGAAGAUCUGUUUCGGACUCGUUGGGCGGCCCCGGCGGUCUAUUUAGGAAUUUUCAUACUUAUUCUUACCUACCUGAUCAUUGACACAGGCGGGGACCGAGAUCGGUUGAAAUCUUUUUUUGGAUUAAUCGCCCUCGUGUUUCUUGGCUUCUUCUUUUCGAAAUCUCCAGGGAAAGUGGUUUGGCGCCAUAUUGCUUGGGGAUUGUCGCUACAAUUCAUUUUCGCCGUUUUCAUCAUCAAAUGGGCGGUUGGAGUUGCCAUUUUCAAUUGCCUCGGAAACAAGGUCUCUGCCUUGUUGGAGUUUGCUGACGAGGGUUCUGGUUUUGUCUUUGGUUAUCUGGUGAACCAAAGACCCGUGUUCCUUGAUAGCUUGAAGAAUGACUCAUUGGCACACGGCGUCUUCAGCGAGGUGUACGAAAACGGGGCAAUGGGCUUCGUGUUCAUGUUCAAAGUGCUCAGUGUCAUCUACUUUUUGAGUUUCUUAGUCUCUAUGCUGUUCUACUGGGGUGCCAUGCAAUGGGUGGUGGCCAAGAUAGGGUGGAUGCUUCAGGUCACAGUCGGAACCACGUAUUGUGAAUCCAUGAAUGCAGCUGCCAACAUUUUCCUCGGUCACACGGAGUCGCCAUUGCUGAUCCAGCCGUACCUCCCAAUAAUGACCAAUUCUGAAAUCCACGCGGUCAUGACAGGCGGAUUCGCAACGAUUGCGGGCACAGUCUUGGCUGCUUAUAUCAGCUUUAACAUUGACGCCGCACAUCUGCUCUCAGCCAGCGUCAUGUCAGCACCUGCGGCUUUGGCUUGUGCUAAACUCAUGUAUCCAGAAACUAAAGUAUCAAAGACCAAAUAUAGUAAAAAUUUGGCCUUGGCCAAGAGCAACGAGGCCAACGUGUUGGAUGCCGCCACCCGAGGCGCAUCCAUGGCCGUUUUCCUCGUGGCUAACAUUGCCGGCACGCUCAUUGCCGUUCUGGCCUUUGUGGCUUUCCUCAACGGCGUUCUCUCGUGGUGUGGAAUGCUCAUCGGAUUCACCGCGGAACACCCCUUAACGUUUGAGCUCAUUCUCGGGAAAUGCUUCAUCCCGCUCUCUUGGCUCAUGGGCGUACCCACCCAAGACUUGGAGGACGUAGGGCUCCUAAUAGGGCUAAAAACCUUCGCCACGGAGUUCGCCGCCUUCAGCAAACUGAAGACCAUGGUUCAUCUCCACCCGAGAUCGAAAAUCAUAGCCACAUACGCCCUUUGCGGAUUUUCCAAUCUUGCCUCUGUUGGGAUAUCCAUAGCCGCCUUAAGCGCUAUGGCCCCCACUCGCCGGGGCGAUAUCACCAGUGUGGCUUUUCGAGCCUUAGUUUCCGGCUCUUUAGCCUGCUUCAUGACCGCUUGUGUGGCCGGAUGCCUCAUUUCUUCCACCUAAUCGAUCACAUCUUGUACCUAAGCCAUGCCAAACGCUUUCAAAUAAACCUCGAACCGAA